UGUAAAUUAUGAAUAAAAUGAGGUGUGUAGUGCAAAUAUUUGUUUAUUGAUAUGUGUAGUUGUGGCAGAAAGACAGCAGUAAUCUAUGUUUACCUCCCGAGUGUCAGGAGGCCCAGUCAGUGAUCACUCACACGCAUCUAAUCCACUUUUGAUGAACUGGGUUAAUAGACUCCCUGUGGUCAUUAUCAAAGAGACUCAUUUCUAUUCAUUUCUCAGCGCACACGACCCUCACACACCCGCCCCUCAUUAUGUGUGGCCUCUCCUCAAUAAAUACUCCUCUGUUCUCUGGAGGGUCAGUUCAUCCUCAAGCGUUCAGCAUGCCCCGUCCGGACGGCUCUUAUGCACAGUUCAUCUGGAGAGAGGCAGACAGAGCCCACUCGGACCCGCGUCCCGGAGCCGCAGUGGGCUGGAGGGAGGAGAGGGUGAGCUGUGACCCAUGUGCUCUGGUCCAGCUCCGGCUGUCCGGACUCACAUAUCCCGACGAAGACCAGAGCGCCAUCGCCCGAGCCCGGAGACGCCGCAGACUGGCCGCCAACGCCCGCGAGAGGAGGAGGAUGCUGGGCUUGAACGUGGCCUUCGACCGCCUGAGGAGCGUCAUUCCUAAUGUGGAGAGCGACAGGAAGCUGUCCAAGUCUGAGACGCUUCAGAUGGCGCAGAUCUACAUCAGCACUCUGAGCGAGCUGCUGGAGGAAAGAGACUGCGACCCGGAAUUCAGUUACCCUAUGUUAGCGACGGGCGUGCAGGAUCAGGUCAUCGUGAAGGGUUCAAUGCCAACCGAAGAGACCAAACCAGAGCAGAAAACCGUUCCAACCUGCAGGAUAAGAUCAUAUGAUGGGAAUUUUGGGCAUCCCACUUGCGGUGACCCCAAAACACCUGAACUCUUAGUGGACUCUCACUAUAUGGAGAGGAGCAAUGGAGCAAAAUGACACUAUUGCAUUCUCAGCCUUUGUAUUCAACUUUUUUUUUUUUUUUUUUUUUUAAUUAUAAAAAUUUCUGAAUUAAUUUUUGGACAUUUUGUAGUGAAAUAUAAAAUAUUCUGGAAUUAAUUAUAUUUUUUGCUUUUUUAUGCUAUACAAAUAAAUAUUUUCAGAGGAAAAAUCUUGUCUUUUUCUCUCGAGUUCACAAACUUUAUUUUGAUAGUCCACUUCAGAUAUUCUACUAACUAUAAGUAACUUCAAAUGUCAACUAGCUUUCAUUAGAGCAUUAGUAGACUGUAGACUGGUUAGGGUCAGUACAUGUUGACAUGUACUUGCAACGUUAUAAUCAGAAGAACAUCUUUUGGG